AUGUUGGAGCUGCGGCACCGGGGAGUGGGCCCCGGCCCCGGGGGAGCGGGGGCGCCGCCGCCCCCCGAAGGAGUGGCGGCCGGCGGCGACCACGAAGCCGAGAGCACCAGCGACAAAGAAACAGAUAUUGAUGACAGAUAUGGAGAUUUGGAUUCCAGAGCAGAUUCUGAUAUUCCAGAAAUUCCGCCAUCCUCAGAUAGAACCCCUGAGAUCCUCCAGAAAGCACUCUCUGGUUUAUCUUCAAGGUGGAAAAACUGGUGGAUCCGUGGAAUUCUUACUCUAACGAUGAUUUCCUUGUUUUUCCUGAUCAUCUAUAUGGGAUCUUUUAUGCUGAUGCUUCUUGUUCUAGGCAUCCAAGUGAAAUGCUUCCAUGAAAUUAUCACUAUAGGUUACAGAGUCUAUCGUUCCUAUGACCUGCCAUGGUUUAGAACACUCAGCUGGUACUUUCUACUCUGUGUCAACUACUUUUUCUAUGGAGAGACUGUAGCUGAUUAUUUCGCUACAUUUGUUCAAAGAGAAGAGCAACUUCAGUUCCUCAUCCGCUACCAUAGAUUUAUAUCAUUUGCCCUCUAUCUGGCCGGUUUCUGCAUGUUUGUGCUGAGCUUGGUGAAGAAACAUUACCGACUGCAGUUCUACAUGUUCGCAUGGACUCAUGUCACUUUACUGAUAACAGUUACUCAGUCACAUCUUGUCAUCCAAAAUCUGUUUGAAGGCAUGAUAUGGUUCCUUGUUCCAAUAUCAAGUGUUAUCUGCAAUGACAUAACUGCUUACCUUUUUGGAUUUUUUUUUGGGAGAACUCCAUUAAUUAAGCUAUCUCCUAAAAAGACUUGGGAAGGAUUUAUUGGCGGUUUCUUCUCCACAGUGGUGUUUGGAUUCAUUGCUGCCUAUGUGUUAUCCAAGUACCAGUACUUUGUCUGUCCAGUGGAAUACCGAAGCGAUGUCAACUCCUUCGUUACGGAAUGUGAGCCCUCAGACCUUUUCCAGCUUCAGAGUUACUCCCUUCCUCCCUUCCUGAAGGCCGUGCUGAGACGGGAGAGAGUGAACUUGUACCCUUUCCAGAUCCACAGCAUUGCUCUGUCAACGUUUGCAUCUCUAAUUGGCCCCUUCGGAGGCUUCUUUGCCAGCGGAUUCAAAAGAGCUUUCAAAAUCAAGGAUUUUGCAAACACCAUUCCUGGACAUGGCGGGAUAAUGGACAGAUUUGAUUGUCAGUACUUGAUGGCAACAUUUGUGCAUGUCUACAUCACAAGUUUUAUAAGGGGCCCGAAUCCCAGCAAAGUACUGCAGCAGUUGUUGGUGCUUCAGCCGGAACAGCAGUUAAAUAUAUACAAAACCCUGAAGAUGCACCUCAUUGAGAAGGGGAUCCUGCAGCCCACCUUGAAGGUAUAA